AAUUAUCGUCAGAACCGGAAGAACGUUAAGAGACGGGGUUUAUAUUUUUUUUUUUUUUUUUAAAAAAAAGGGUGGAAGGGAUAUUUCUUUCUCUUUCUUACAAUCUCUCUCCAAAGCAAUAGCAAUAAGAGCACCUUACCCUCUCACCCCCACCACCAUAAAUGCAGUUUACAACCUCCCCUCAUUUCUCUCUCCUCAAAAACUCCAUACGCUCUUUGCAAUUACUCCUCUUUCUGCCACUUCCCUUCUCCACCUGUUCCCUACCCUUCUCCCUUCUCUUCUCCUUCUCUCUCUAAAAUCCAUAAACCUCACUCUUCUCCUUUCUCUCUCUAUCUCUAAAACACUCAUAACAUUCAACUUUCUACCUCACCAAUCUCCGAAUCCAGAUCCAACUCGACUCCAUCGGAAAAUGGAUGAAGUGAAGAAGGAUCUGGAUUAUUAUCAGAUGUUGUAAGAAGGUAGACUAUCAGCAAAAACAAAAGGGAGGAAAUUUAGAAGACGGAAAAAUAAUCAAGGGUGAAGGAAAAUUAUUAUUAUUAUUAGGGAAAAAUACAAAAAAAAAAAAAAAAAAUGUUUCAGCCAAAUAUGUUUGAGACACACCACCAGUUGCUAGACAUGUCUGGGCAUAAAACUCCGGAUAGCGAGUUAGGGAAGAUGAGGGAUGACGAAUUCGAAAGCAGUAGAUCCGCUACCGAGAAUCUGGAGGGGCUUUCGGGCGAUGAUCAGGAUCCGAAUCAACGGCCGAAGAAGAAGCGUUACCACCGUCAUACUCAACACCAGAUUCAAGAGAUGGAAAAUUUUUUUAAGGAAUGCCCUCAUCCGGAUGAUAAGCAAAGGAAGGAGUUAAGCCGUAGAUUGUCAUUGGAGCCUUUACAAGUCAAGUUUUGGUUUCAAAAUAAGCGCACUCAAAUGAAGGCCCAACAUGAACGAUCAGAGAACCAGCAACUUCGAAAUGAGAAUGAAAAACUUCGAGCUGACAACAUAAGGUUCAAGGAAGCCCUAAGCAAUGCUACUUGUCCCAACUGUGGAGGGCCAGCCGCGAUUGGUGAGAUGUCAUUUGAUGAGCAACAACUCAGGAUCGAGAAUGCUCGACUUAGAGAAGAGAUUGAUAGGAUAUCAGGCAUAGCAGCUAAAUACGUAGGAAAGCCCUUAGUGACUUACCCUCAUCUUCAAAAUCAAGGGCUACAACCUUCGCGCUCCUCUCUUGAUCUUGGAGUUGGGAGCUAUGGUCCGCAAUCAGGCAUGGUAGGGGACAUUUACGGCUCAGCUGGAGACCUCAUACGAUCAGUAGCCCCACCUACAGAGGCAGAUAAACCCAUGAUCAUUGAGCUGGCAGUUGCGGCAAUGGAGGAACUUAUUAGGAUGGCUCAAGCAGGUGACCCCUUGUGGAUUCCUAGCGCUGAUAACUCAACUGAAAUCCUUAAUGAAGAGGAGUAUUUCCGGAACUUCCCUCGUGGGAUUGGACCUAUGCCUUUAGGCUUGAAAUCGGAGGCCUCAAGAGACUCCGCUGUUGUUAUUAUGAAUCACAUGAACUUGGUUGAAAUUCUCAUGGAUGUGAAUCAAUGGUCAUGUGUGUUCUCUGGGAUUGUUUCAAGAGCAAUGACCUUAGAAGUUUUAUCAACUGGAGUCGCUGGAAAUUACAAUGGAGCUUUGCAAGUGAUGACAGCUGAAUUUCAAGUCCCUUCACCUCUUGUUCCCACUCGCGAGAACUACUUUGUGAGGUAUUGUAAGCAACAUGGGGACAGUACUUGGGCAGUGGUUGAUGUUUCGUUGGAUGGUUUACGCCCUAGCCCAAUUCCAAGGUGCCGUAGAAGGCCAUCCGGUUGCCUAAUACAAGAGUUGCCCAAUGGUUACUCUAAGGUGAUGUGGGUUGAACAUGUUGAAGUGGAUGAUCGAGCUGUGCACAACAUAUAUAGGGCACUCGUAAAUUCAGGGCUAGCUUUCGGGGCUAAACGUUGGGUAUCAGCAUUGGAUAGGCAAUGUGAAAGGCUUGCUAGUGUCAUGGCUAGCAACAUGCCUGCAGGAGAGGGUGGUGUUAUUACAAGUCCAGAAGGGAGGAAAAGUAUGCUGAAGCUAGCAGAGAGGAUGGUAAUGAGCUUUUGUGCUGGAGUUGGAGCCUCUACAGCCCACACAUGGACAACAUUAUCAGGGAGUGGUGCUGAUGAUGUUCGAGUGAUGACUCGAAAGAGCAUGGAUGACCCUGGUAGACCCCCAGGCAUUGUUCUUAGUGCUGCUACUUCUUUCUGGAUGCCUGUUUCUCCUAAACGAGUCUUCGAUUUCCUGCGUGAUGAGAACUCUAGGAGUGAGUGGGAUAUCCUCUCUAAUGGAGGACUAGUCCAAGAGAUGGCUCACAUAGCCAACGGUCGUGAUCCAGGGAACUGUGUUUCGCUAUUAAGAGUGAAUAGUGCAAAUUCAAGCCAGAGCAACAUGCUAAUACUCCAAGAGAGCAGCACAGACCCAACAGGCUCCUAUGUAAUUUAUGCACCAGUUGAUAUCGUCGCAAUGAAUGUGGUCUUAAACGGUGGGGAUCCAGACUACGUUGCACUCUUGCCAUCAGGCUUUGCCAUACUUCCUGAUGGUCCAGUAGGAGCACAUGGUGGCGGUCCCUUGGAGGUCGGCUCAGGGGGUUCGUUGCUAACCGUUGCAUUCCAAAUCCUAGUUGAUUCGGUUCCUACAGCCAAGCUCUCCUUGGGGUCUGUUGCUACUGUUAAUAGUUUGAUUAAGUGCACUGUGGAAAGGAUAAAGGCUGCUGUUGCUUGUGAGAACCCUUGAUCAAACAACUUGGUUGGCAUGCUUUUGUUGAUGUAAGCUUAAUUAGUAGAGGACCGGAACACAAUAUUAAGCAAAGAAGGGGAGUGUAUGUGUUUACAACUUUUGUGAUUUUACAGUAUGAUGAUGAAUGGAGGAAGUCAAGAACGCACCUUUUGUUGAUCCUUGGAAUGGUGAAUGCAUGCAUGUAAUUUCAUAAUAGAAAGGAAUUCAAAAGAUCGAACUAUCUCGAUUCAAAGGAACCUAUAUCAUCAAUGGCUAGCUACCAUUACAAGGGAAUUGGGUUCGGGUAUUGACUUCGCCAAAAAUAGUCAGUAAAACAAAGGUAUAUGGACUCGAAAAUAUCCAUGGAUGAUCAUAAGCAUUUCCCCUUGUCCUCCCUUAAAUUAAAUUGACUGUUUUUGUUGCAAGUGAUUAUGGCAAAAUUAAAGCCAAGUUAACUUGAGACUUUUAGAAAAAACCUUGUUGCAUAAGAGUGUUUUGAUAAAUUAAUUAGGCUGAUCAUCUCCCCUUCUUCAAUCUUGAUCAAGUGUUUGUUAUGUUCUUUAAUUUCUUGUUUAAGAUUAAUGUAGGACUUUUUUCACCUUUUUUUUAAAAAAAAAACUGACUUUUUGUAUUUUGUGUGCUUUUCUAAAGGAUAAUAUUGCAAAUUUGUGUUUCA